CGCUUUUCACCGGUUCCGUAUUGCGCCCAAGAUGUGUUGUUAGCGCCAUGGCAUGAUUGGCUGUGUGAGAUGAUGCCGAAUUUCCUGAACAGUACUGUGUGUUUUGUUUAUGGCCUUGCAGCACUUCUAUUUAUCAUUCUUGGACUUUUUGCUGCAUGGAAUAUGUAUCUAAUUUCAAUUGGCGAGACAUUUGUCGACUAUUUGCAGCAUGCCGAUGAUCGGCGAAAUGCAACGAAAUGGCGAUCCCCAAAUCAUCUCGGUUUCACGACAAAUUGGCGGUGUUUUUUGGGCCUUUAUGAGGGUCGUACAUUCAUGCGACACAUUCUGUUGCCAUCAUCGCAUGGUUCCAUCGACAAAUGUCAGUUUUCGCGAAACAGUGCCGGUUUACUUCGCGUUUGA